AUGACGUUGAAGACCAUAUAUAUUGCCAGACAUGGUUAUAGAGCAAAUUGGUUGCCGCCUCCACAUCCUCCAAAUCCUACUGGUAUCGAUAGUGACCCGCCAUUGGCUUCUCACGGAAUCGACCAAGCUAAACAAUUAGCCGGAUAUCUUAACUCAUUACCUGCUAAAGAGCAACCGCAGUUUAUAUUAUCAUCUCCAUUCUAUAGAUGUGUUCAAACAAGUGAGCCAAUUUGUGAUAUGCUUUCUGUGCCGUUGGUAUUGGAACGUGGUGUUGGUGAAUGGUAUAAGAAAGACCGUGGUAUUGUCCCUGAACCAGCCAAUUACGACGUGUUGAAGCCGUUUUUUUCUUGCUUACGAGAUGCCAACGAAUGGGAUAGGGAUUCGACAGUUGGGGUUAUUCCCUCGUUGGACGGUGAAUCGGAAGAUGAUAUUUUUGCCAGAAGUGUGAAAUUCUGGAAAAAGUUCAUUCCUGUUUUCGAAGCGAGGUAUCCAGAGAUCACCACUAUAUUAAUAGUCACCCAUGCAGCUACCAAGAUCGCUCUCGGUAUGUCGUUACUUAAGUUCAACAACGUGUACGAAGCAAUCGAUAACGACAACACAGUGUUGAAAGCAGGUGCAUGUUCCUUAGAUAAGUACGAAAGAGGGGGUGAUGACUGGUCUAUUAAGAUGAACGGGAAUUGUGAAUUCUUGUUAGAUGGCGAAGAAAUGAACUGGAACUUCCACUCAGCAUUUGAAGCUGGUUCCGAUGAAGAUAUUAAGGCGAGACAAGAGGAAGCCAAAAGAAGGGCAGAAGCCAACAACACCAAAGAACAACCUAACAGGGAACCUACCCCGGUAACAGAAAUUGCGUCUGGAUCAGAACAGUUGGCCAAUGAGGAAUACGAGGUACGUUCAUAG